GUUGUAGUAUAUGCUUAUUAAAGUCUGUAGACUAACUUCUAUCGACUAUACUAUGUUAGUUGGUAGUCGAUAUAUCGAUGAGGACUGCUAUUCAACUAUGUUCUCUAUUCGUCAAGAACUCGAAACCUGUUUGUAGAAGUGCCGCAUAUAAUUUUCAAUAUACGGUGAAAUAUUCGAAUAAAAUGGCUGAGAAAACAGCACUUUUAUUAAUAGCUGAUGGAUCUGAGGAAAUGGAAGCUGUAAUAACGGCGGACGUCUUACGUCGUGGCGGAGUUUCUGUAACUAUAGCAAGCUUAGGUGACAAUGAAUGCGUUAAGUGUAGUCGUGAUGUAAAAGUUUGCGCUGACACUAAAUUUGCUAAUGUCAGUGACAAGAAGUAUGAUGUUAUCAUACUACCUGGGGGACUCAAUGGCUCAAAAGCAUUCGCAGAGUCAGCUGAUGUUGGCAAGCUAUUGCAAGAACAAGAAAAAGAAAAUAAACUUAUUGCUGCUAUCUGCGCAGCACCAACUGCUUUAAAAGCACAUGGUAUUGCUAAAGGAAAACGCGUUACUUCAUACCCAGCAAUGAAAGAUCAGAUGACCGAUGAUUAUGAAUACUCAGAGGAUCGUGUAGUAAUAGAUGGUAAUCUAAUUACAAGCAGAGGUCCUGGAACGGCAUUUGCAUUUGGUUUGGCUCUUGUUGAAAAAUUAGUAAGCAAAGAAAAAGCCACUACUGUUGCAAAAGGAAUGUUGUAUGAAGGCUAAAAAUAUACAUUAUAAUUACACUAAUGAUAGCUAACAAUUUCUAUAAAAUAUUGUUGCUAUGUUUACAAAUA